AUGGUUGAAAUCUUAGAUUGUGGAAUUGGAUUUGAGACAAAAAUUAGCUUGUAUUUAAACUUUGUCAAGCAGUCUUUGGUGGCUCAAGCUAGAGCAUCUAAGUUUGAAGUUGAGGUAGAUAGGCAAUAUUUGCCUGAAAUUGCCCCCUAUGACGACGUACUUGCCACCAAACGCCGCGGUCAGGGUAUUCCAGAUGAAGGUCUUGCUAGUGCCCCCGUAACCAUAAAUAAAGUAGAACCCAUUGGUUAUCCUAUUAACCGUAUUGAGGACUUCGUGGAAUAUCUUUCUUUGCUCAUCUCCGCCAUAAAGUCAAUGCAGCAUGAAAUUAGUGACAAGAUCAAACAGUAUCGAGUAUGUGCCCUUGUCAGGUUCUGUAUCCAUGAGAGGGUGGGGAUAUUGUGUUGGAUGGUUUUUGGAAACGGAGUGUUUAAGUCCCCCAUACUUUGUGGAGAGUGCUACAAGUUUGAGGCUAAACAUCCUUGUCAAAAUAUCGAGUCGAUCAGAUGGGCUAAGCUUGUGUUUCUGGCAGAAUCUUGUUAUCGUAGCCAUGCUGAAUUGCAGGUUUGGGGGUGUGAUAACAUGGCUCUUAAACUUCUCCUGAGAAGAAAUAGCUCUGCUGUGGUUGAGAUUGCUCAGCAAACAAAGCUCUUUAAAUUCAUUGGCAGAGCUUCCUAUCGUAAAUCAGAGUCAAACUUGUACCUUUUGGAUUCAACAGUUUCAGAUAUGGAGAAGAGUAUAUAUACAAUUUUGACUAUCGACCGUUGGGAGUCACUGAAUUUUAUGAAAUACAGAUUGACUGCCCUCAGACCUGUUCAUGGAAGGUUAGCUCUGAAAUUUCUUAAAUGGGUCAUCAGGCAACCUGGUUUGGAGCUCAAUCAUGUUACCAAUAUAGUGUGCACUACAACACACAUACUAGUUAGAGCUCGAAUGUACAGCUUUGCUAAGUCUGCUUUAAAACAUCUUUUACACAUGCCCAUUGGUUUUAACUCUGUAUUUUAUGGCCUGAUGGAAACAUACCCCUUUUGCAAUUCAAGCCCAGCUGUUUUUGACCUCCUAAUUAGGGUUUGUUUACGGGAAGGGAUGGUUGGAGAUGCUGUAUAUACUUUCAAAUUGAUGGGACUACGUGGGUUAAAGCCAUCUAUGUCCACUUGCAACAUGGUGCUAGGGUCAUUGGUAAAAGACCAGAAAGUUGAAUUGUUUUGGUCUUUUUUCAAAGAAAUGCUGGCCAGUAGGUUUCAUCCCGAUGUUGCUACACUGAACAUAUUGUUAAAUGUUUUAUGUGAAGAAGGGAAGUUUAAAAGUGCUGGUUAUCUGUUAAAGAAAAUGGAAGACAGUGGUUAUUUUCCAACUGUAUUUACAUAUAAUACUCUGCUGAAUUGGUAUUGCAAGAAAGGAAGGUAUAAAGCAGCGUCUGAACUGAUUGACCACAUGGCCUCAAGGGGCAUCAUAGCAGAUGUUUGUACAUAUAAUGUUUUCAUUGAUAGUUUGUGUAGGGAUGGAAGGAGUGCAAAAGGUUAUCUAUUACUGAAAAGGAUGAGAAUGAAUGAUGUAUAUCCUAAUGCGAUUACUUAUAAUACACUGAUUAACGGCUUUGUUAAGGAGGGGAAGAUUCAAGUUGCUACUUGUGUUUUUGAUGAGAUGUCAUUACUUAAUUUAUCACCAAACUCCAUCACUUACAAUAUUUUAAUUGAUGGGCAUUGUAGGGAGGGUAAUAUUGGUGAAGCAUUGAGACUUUUGGAUUUGAUGGAAUCACAAGGCCUACGACCUAAUGAAAUGACUUAUGGGGCACUUCUGAAAGGGUUAUCCAGGCAUGCUGAAUUUGGCCUAGUUUCCAGUAUUCUGGAGAAAAUGAGGUUGAAUGGAUUGAGACCUAAGUGUAUAAGUUAUACAGCAAUUAUUGAUGGUAUGUGUAAAAAUGGUUUACUAAAUGAAGCUGUGCUGGUGCUAAAUAAUAUGUUGAAAGAUUCUAUAGACCCUGAUGUUGUCACAUUUUCAGUGCUUAUAAAUGGGUUUUUAAAGGUGGGGAAGAUAAAUAAUGCAAAGGAGAUAAUGUGUAAAAUGUAUAAGGCAGGAAUUGUGCCAAACUGCAUUCUGUACUCAACAUUAAUAUACAACUAUUGCAAAACGGGGAACACAAGAGAGGCUUUAAAUGCAUAUGCAGUGAUGAAUCGCAAAGGUCAUGUUGCAGAUCACUUUACAUGCAAUGUGUUGGUUGCCAGUCUUUGUAGAAGUGGAAAAGUUCGAGAGGCUGAGUAUUUCAUGCAUCACAUGAGUAGGAUGGGUCUUGAUCCCAACUGCAUUACUCUUGAUUGUAUCAUAAAUGGUUAUGCGGUUUUGGGUGAUGCGUUAAAAGCCUUUUCUUUGUUAGAUGAAAUGAUUACUAUUGGCCAUUUUCCAAGCCAUUUUACAUUUGGGAGUCUAUUGAAAGGACUUUGCAUCGGUGGACAUAUUAAUGAGGCAAAAAGCCUCUUGCAUAGACUUCACUGCCAACCUUCUGCAAUUGAUACUGUUUCUUACAAUACAUUACUUUCUGAGAUGUGUAGAUCAGGAAAUUUGUUGGAUGCAAUUGGUCUCUUAAAUGAGAUGGUGAUGAAUAAUUUGCUUCCUGACAGUUACACAUAUACUAGUCUUAUUGCUGGGCUAUGCAGGAAUGGUAAAUUAGCUGCUGCACUCAUUUUGUCAGAGAAAGCAAUGGAAAAAGGAUUACUAACACCAAAUCCUGCUGUAUACACUGCGUUAGUUAGUGGUUUAUUUAAGGCAGGUCAUUCUAGAGUUGCUUUGUUUACUUUUGAAGAGAUGCUGAACAAUGGUGUUAAGCUCGACACUAUUGCAUUCAAUGUGGUUCUGGAUCAUUAUUCAAAGAUGGGACAAAUGGUUGAGGCAAAUAAUAUCCUUUCAGACAUGAGGAGCAGAAAUUUAUCUUUCAGUUUGGCUACUUACAACAUUCUUCUGCAUGGAUAUGCCAAGACGCAUGCCAUGACAAAUUGUUUUAGGGUAUAUAAAGACAUGAUCAGACAAGGUUUUCUACCUGAUAGGUUAACAUGGCAUUCUCUUAUUCUUUGUUUGUCUGAUGCAUUGGAAGUUGCUGUAAAAUUUUUGAAAAGCAUGACAAUUGAUGGUUUAGUAGCUCAUACUUAUACUUUUAACAUGCUUAUUACCAAGUUAUGUGGAAAGGAUGAGAUAAAAUUGGCAUUUGAUGUGGUAGAUCUAAUGGAACGGCUAGGAGUUACGUGUAGUGUUGAUACAUACAAUGCCCUUUUCAAUGGACUAGUUAGAGUUUCCGCUUUUAGGGGAGCCCAUCGUAUUCUGCAUUCCUUGUUGGAAAUUGGAUGUAUUCCUACAUGUAGACAGUAUGUCACUUUAAUAAAUGGCAUGUGUAGAGUGGGAAAUGUACAGGGAGCAAUGAGGCUAAAGGAUGAGAUGAAAACACUUGGUGUCUGCUCUUAUGAUGUUGCUGAGAGUGCAAUUGUUAGGGGGCUUGCAUCCUCUGGGAAUAUUGAAGAUGCCAUUCUAGUUCUUGAUUUCAUGCUUCGAAGUCAGAUGAUUCCCACUGUUGCUACUUUCACUACUCUGAUGCACAUUUGUUGCAAAGAAGGUAACCUUGAGAAGGUUUCUUACCUGAGAAGUAUAAUGGAGUGCUGUAGUAUGAAGCUUGAUGUAGCUGCGUACAAUGUUCUUAUUUCUGGCUUUUGUGCCAAUGGUGAUGUUAUGGCUGCUUUCAAACUUUAUGAAGAAAUGAAGCAAAGGCAUCUGUGGCCCAAUUUAUCAAUUUACACGGUUCUUAUUUGUUCUGCCUGUGAUGGAAAUUUUAACGUUGAAAAGGAAAAGCUUUUAAAGGAUUUACAGGAUAGAGGAUUGGUACCUUUGGAUUGGUCUGGAGGCACGAAUCGAUUGAAUGAGUUUUUGAUGAUUGCCUGGAAAAAGUUGAAUUUCUUGAGGCAUAAUAGAGGGAGAAAACGAUGAGCAACUAAGCAUAAAGUUAACAAUUUGCUUGACUCAUCAUAUGCAGCCUUUCCUUCGUCAAUAAUGCAAAUUGGCAGAGGAGGAUGAGAUGAUAAUUUCAUGAUGGUACUACUGGCGUGCUGUAUUAAUUAGUCUCAGGUUAACCUGCUGAUUUACAGCAUGUAAGAGUUCCUCAUGUAUCUAUCUGUAGGCAUCUGGAGGACAGACUAGUAGUCUUUAGCUGGCAGAUUCUUGUUUGGAGAUGCCGAAUACAGUUUCAGGAGUCCAUGCAGAAUCUCAGUAAUUAUACACGGUUUAAAUUUGGUUGACAGUGAUGGAAAAGGGCUAGUGUUUUGUGACUGUUAAAGAUUUAGUUGGAAAGGAGAUUGAUGCUUGUGAUUGCUCUACACUCCAGCAACUUAAGCAGUUAAGCUCAAGACAAAGAGGAAUCGAAGAGUCUAAUCAUGAGAGCAGUUCCAUUAGAGAAGCUAUGGCAAAGACAUGUUGGAGUAAUGUUCUAAGCCGAUCUUAUUUUGGAAAGGGAGAGGCCGUUAGAAGUUCUGUAAACUUGCAUGCAUUAAGGUUACUUUCUUCAUGAUGAUCAUACUUGAUCCUUUGGUUACAUUUAUUCAUACUGUGUUUGUUGUGUU